AUGGACGGGCAGGCGGCGAUGGCGCCCUACGACUACAGCCUGAUCGUGGGCCCCGUGCAAGAACCGGCCAGCCCCAGAACGCCGCGGCUCGACUCCGCCGGCUGCGCGCCUCUCCACACCGGGCACCGGACCGCGGCGCAGCGGUACAACGCCCGGCUCUGCCAGGCUGGCCUGGAACCCGAGAGUGACUUCCUGAUCCUUCCUGGCUUCAUCGACUUCACGGCAGAUGAAGUGGACCUGACCUCCGCUCUGACCCGGAAAAUCACCUUGAAGACCCCCCUUAUCUCCUCCCCCAUGGACACCGUCACGGAGUCGGACAUGGCCAUUGCCAUGGCGCUGAUGGGGGGCAUCGGGAUCAUCCACCACAACUGCACCCCGGAGUUCCAGGCCAACGAGGUCCGCAAAGUGAAGAAGUUUGAGCAAGGCUUCAUCACCGACCCGGUGGUCCUGAGCCCCAGCCACACCGUGGGGGACGUCUUGGAGGCCAAGAUCCGGCACGGCUUCUCGGGCAUCCCCAUCACGGAGACGGGCAAGAUGGAGAGCCAGCUGGUGGGGAUCGUGACCUCCAGGGACAUCGACUUCCUCUCCGAGAAGGACUACAACACCCCUCUCAGUGAGGUCAUGACCCCGCGCAGCGACCUGGUGGUGGCUCCCGCAGGCGUCACCUUGAAAGAGGCCAACGAGAUCCUGCAGCGCAGCAAGAAAGGCAAGCUGCCCAUCGUGAACGAGGUGGACGAGCUGGUGGCCAUCAUCGCCCGCACGGACCUGAAGAAGAAUCGGGACUACCCGCUGGCCUCCAAGGACCCCCGCAAGCAGCUGCUGUGUGGGGCGGCCAUCGGCACCCGGGAGGACGACAAGUACCGGCUGGACCUGCUGGUGCAGGCCGGUGUGGACCUGGUGGUGCUGGACUCCUCUCAGGGAAACUCCGUCUACCAGAUCAACAUGGUCCACUAUAUCAAGCACAAAUGUCCGGAGCUGCAGGUGGUCGGGGGCAAUGUGGUGACAGCCGCCCAGGCCAAGAACCUCAUCGAUGCUGGUGUGGACGCCUUGCGUGUGGGCAUGGGCUGCGGCUCGAUCUGCAUCACGCAGGAAGUGAUGGCGUGCGGACGGCCUCAGGGCACCGCGGUGUACAAAGUGGCAGAGUAUGCCCGCCGGUUUGGGGUACCUGUGAUCGCAGAUGGUGGGAUCCAGACGGUUGGCCACGUGGUCAAGGCGCUCUCGCUGGGGGCCUCCACAGUCAUGAUGGGCUCCCUGCUGGCGGCCACCACGGAGGCCCCCGGGGAGUAUUUCUUCUCCGACGGGGUGCGGCUGAAGAAGUACCGGGGAAUGGGCUCCCUGGACGCCAUGGAGAAGAACCGCAGCAGCCAGAAACGCUACUUCAGCGAGGGGGACAAGGUGAAGGUGGCGCAGGGCGUGUCUGGCUCCAUCCAGGACAAGGGCUCCAUCCACAAGUUCGUGCCAUACCUGAUUGCUGGCAUCCAGCACGGCUGCCAGGACAUCGGCGCCAGGAGCCUCUCCGUUCUGCGCUCCAUGAUGUAUUCGGGGGAACUAAAGUUUGAGAAGAGGACGAUGUCGGCCCAGAUUGAGGGGGGGGUCCACGGCCUCCACUCUUACGAGAAGCGGCUGUACUGA